GUGUAGGCUAAAGAAAAGUACAGAUAAGUAGACUAUACCAAUUUUAGGUAACAGAACCUCUGGAAAUUACGGGCCGUUCUGGGUUAUAGUUGCCAGGUGCUCAACUGGCUGCAGAAUGCGAUUUGGCGACAGCUAGCUAGAUAUCAGUAUUUAUUUAUUUAGAAAUCAUUUAUAGUUCAUCGUAUUCAAUGCAGGAGAGAUCACAUAUUCGUAAUUCGUUACAGAUUCUAUUUCACAAGAGCAUGUUCUGAAGGUCGUAUAUGAAUGAAGUGCGUGCACGCAGACGGAAACACGGCAUGAAAUAUUAUGCGCGAACGCCUCUGGUCAGUAAUGAAUGAAUGAGUAGAAUUACUUGGUGGUUGCAGAUUGUAGCGAUAUCUAAACAGAAACAAAUACAUGUGCCAACGAAUAAGGUCAGAAUCCACCGGAAGACAUACGCGCUGUAUGGACGCAAUCCCCUAACGCGAGAUCAAAAAUGGUGCAGAAAUAUCAAUCUCCCGUCAGAGUCUACAAGUACUCAUUCGAAAUGGUGAUGGCGGCGUAUGAGAAACGCUUCCCCACCUGCCCCCAGAUCCCCGUCUUCCUGGGCAGCGAGGUGCUCAGCGAUGUCACCACUGAAGACGGGUCCCUGCACGUCAUCGAGCGCAGCUGCAAGCUCAAUGUGGACGCGCCGAGACUCCUUAAAAAGAUUGCAGGAGUAGAAUAUGUUUACUUCAUCCAGAAGAAUACCCUCGACUGGAAGGACCGGACACUGCUCAUCGAGGCCCACAACGAGACCUUCGCCAGCAGGGUGACGGUCAUCGAGACUUGCAGCUACAGCGUUCAUCCAGAGAAUGAAGAUUGGACGUGUUUUGAGCAGUCUGCCUCCCUGGAUAUCAAAUCCUUCUUUGGUUUUGAAAACACGGUGGAGAAGAUUGCAAUGAAACAAUACACUGCCAAUAUCAAGCGGGGCAAAGAGGUGAUCGAGUAUUACCUGAACGAGCUGAUAGCAGAGGGUAUCACGGACAUCCCGCGCUGGGUCCCCCCGGAGAAGCGAGCCCUGGUGAAACCCGUAGCCCGGCCCUGCACCCCCAGGCUGGACCUGGACUGCCUCUCUCAGAGCAGCACCAAAGACCCUAACAACCUUAGCGGCGCUGCAGAGCCCACCACGCCAGACGCAGACAAGCUAGAUGCUGAUUACAUUGAACGCUACCUUGGACAACUGACACCAAUGCAGGAGAGCUGUCUGAUUCAAUUGAGGCAGUGGCUACAGGAGACACACAAGGGAAAGUCAGAAGCUGGUGAAUGGAAAGCAGAGAAGAUCCCGAAAGAUGAGCACAUCUUGCGCUUCCUGCGCGCUCGCGACUUCAACAUGGACAAGGCGCGGGAGAUGCUGUGCCAGUCUCUCACUUGGAGGAAACAGUACCAGGUGGAUUACAUCCUGGAGACAUGGAGGCCCCCUGCCUUCCUGGAGGAGUACUACGCGGGCGGCUGGCACUUCCACGACCGGAAUGGGCGGCCGCUCUACAUCCUGCGCCUGGGCCAGAUGGACACCAAGGGCCUGGUCAAGGCUCUGGGAGAGGAGGCCCUGCUCAGACACGUUUUGUCUAUUAAUGAGGAGGGGCAAAAACGAUGUGAAGAGAACACCAAGAUAUUUGGAAGACCCAUCACGUCUUGGACAUGCCUGGUGGACCUGGAGGGCUUGAACAUGAGGCACCUGUGGAGGCCAGGGGUGAAGGCACUCCUGAGAAUCAUUGAGGUGGUGGAGGCCAAUUACCCCGAGACUCUGGGCAGGCUGUUGAUUGUGCGUGCCCCACGCGUCUUCCCUGUGCUCUGGACACUGGUCAGUCCAUUUAUAAACGAUAACACACGCCAGAAAUUCCUCGUCUACAGCGGUAACAAUUAUCAGGGAGUUGGAGGACUCGUAGAUUACAUUGACAAAGAGAUUAUCCCUGACUUUCUUGGGGGAGAUUGUCUGUGCAAUGUCCCAGAGGGUGGCCUGGUUCCAAAAUCCUUCUAUCAAACUGAGGAAGAGUUGGAAAAUUCUGAUCAUAUCAAACUGUGGACAGAGACCAUCUACCAAUCAGCUCAUGUCUUUAAAGGAGCUCCCCAUGAGAUUGUCAUUGAGAUCCUGGAGGGCUCCUCUGUCAUUACAUGGGAUUUUGACAUCCUGAAAGGAGACCUGGUGUUCAACAUCUUCCACUCCAAAAGGUCCCCGCAGACAGCCAAGAAAGAUCCGGCAACCUCUGCGCCCGGUGUCAAUAAUGUCCAGCUUAUAGACAAGAGCUGGGUGCUGGGUGUGGACUACAGCAUGGUGGAGUCUCCCCUCAUGUGUCGAGAGGGAGAGAGCAUCCAGGGCUCUCACAUCACCCGCUGGCCCGGCCUGUACAUCCUGCAGUGGAAGGUGGCAGGCCACAUCUCCAGCACUAGCACCGCCAUCCCCCGGGUAGAUGACGUGCUGGCCUCACUGCAGGUCUCCUCCCACAAGUGCAAGGUCAUGUACUACACUGAGGUGCUGGCCUCCGAGGACUUCAGGGGUUCAAUGACAAGCCUGGAGUCCUGUCACAGUGGCUUCUCACAACUAAGCGCUGGAACAACCUCCUCCAGCCAAUCACAGAGCAGCUCCCUCGUCUCCAGAUAGUCCCCCAGGUCCUGGGACAGCUGCACCAUGAGCCACAAGGGCACAGACAACUAUUUAAAAUAUCCAAUCACACACCAACACACAUGCCUGCAUACAGAAGUCCACCAACCAUUUUCAUGAACAUUAUCUGUGAAGUGUCCUUCAUAAAUACACAACCUCAUAAGCACAGCGUAAACAUGCUAAAAUCAUGCCGCCCAACAUAGACUGUCAUAAACUGUUGUCUACAUCAAUAUCAAACAGAGUGCAAUUUAUGAUACACAUGGAAAUACAGCAUAGCCUAUGACACUCUUUGUCAUUGCUGUAAUUGGAUUAUGUAUUUUAUAUGAAGGUUUUACGUAGGUCCUUCAUAGGAACCUUCAUAGGAAUUGGUACAUGAUAGACACAUACCUGUAUAUGCAUACAUACUCCUACAGAUAUCAACAAAACAUACGAGAAGGGCUAGAUAAACUCAAGUGGAAAACCGUAUGUUACUAAGGAACAGUCCAGGUAUUUGUAAGUUUGCAUUUGAGCUACAAUGUUUUUUUAAAUGUUGAGAAUGUAGAAAAUAAGGCAUACAUUUCUGACCUCAAAGGGGAUAGAGAAAAGGUACUGUGUCUUGUUUAUAGUGCAAGAUUUAGCUGCAGCGAUUGCUGUACAUAUUUUUCUAUGGGCUUAAUAAAUAGGGACACUGCAAAUAGGGCCGCUGCCGGAGCAAUUUUCAUGCAAAUGAAACGUUCUCUAAUGCCUAUACUAAUUAACUCUUGGUUCAUAUAUCCAUCUAACAGUGCAAUGCAAUAGAGGUGAUGUGCAUGGGUGACCACUGUAGUCCUCCUGUAGCUGCUGCUGAGACCUCCCAUUUCCACGUUUCAUUUGUUUUAAAACGAAACUGAAGAGUAUGGCUCCUGUCAAAAAAACACAGGCAAUGCGUUCCGGCAUGUUUUCGGCGCAGCUCUGUUCUUAAAUGCAUGUUCAAGAGAAUCUGCAGGAACCCUGUGGGACACAAAACUGAAAACUGCAUAGCACAGCAUCCCAAUUGUGCAACCUUAACUAGCACAGGGCUAUAAUCUGUAAAUAGAUGUAACUUUUCUGUGUAAUUGAAAGCCAUAUUUGUUUUAAUGCUGUAGUGUUCAGGAGAAUAGAAUGUAACUGAAAGAGAUACUUCAAGACUAAGGACCUUUUGAUUACAAGGGCUUUUUAUAUCAGCAAUAUUGAGGAAGCACAGUCGAUGCACUGAUGUAAAGUCAACUUCUGAGCCAAUUAAUUAUUUACUGCCUUAAAACUCCAUUUUUAUUUUAAGUUAAAACAGCCAUUAAUUGGAAUGAGUAUCUUACCAAAUAGAAGGGUUUUGAUUUUAACACACAAUUCAGAUAACACUGAGAAACUAUAAAACAAAAAAAGCACAUCGGAGAGGGUAAGUGUUUUGCUUAAUUUUUAAGGCUCUUUUCACAAAACUAUUUACACAUUUUAAAGCGGACGAAAGUUGAAGAUGAAUACAGGGAGUUUUCUUAUGUUACUAUGAAGACUGUAAAUGUAACCAUUUCCAUUGUUGACAGGGUAUCUGGCAGAUGUGACCGUGCGUAAUAAUUAAUUUUAAAAAUGAUAUAUUGUCUUGGGAGAACUAUAUUUUUUAAAUAAUAUACACAACAAAAAAUUGAUUAAUUAAUAUUGCAUUCACAGUUUAUACUGUAGCUACUACAAAAUGCAUUUUAAACUGACAAUAAAUGACAAAGUAAUUUUAUGAAAGGAACUAUAUUCAUGUAAUUGGAUGGAAAAUGUCCAUGUUAUUACUGUAAAAUAAACAAGUGCAAAGAAA